GCGAGAUGUUAGUUUGAAAAGUGGCGGUUUGGCACCAGUUUAAACAGGAGAAACGGUUUUCGGAAGCAAGGAAACAUCUUAAAGACCGUCGACAUGACAGCUGAAAACGAACUUGAGAUAAAAGAAGCUUUUCAGCGUGCACAGAAAGCUCACAACAACAAAGCCAAGCUUGUAGCCAGUUUGAAGAACAGAUAUGUUAAGCUGGAGGACAAGUCUGAGUUCCAUGAGGAGUUCCUCCGUUGCCUGAAGUAUGCCAUGAUCAUCUACACAAGAGAACCUGCGGUGGAAAAUGUCAUAGAUUUUGCAGUGAAAUUUGCUGUUAGUUUUGAAACACCUGUGAAUGAAGAGGAGGAGGAGGAGGAGGAGGAGGAAGAUAUUUCAUUUCUGAAUUUCCUGUUUAACUUUCUUUUGGAGUCUCAUGGAGCCAGCAGUCAUGCAGUGAGGUUUCGUGUAUGUCAGCUGGUGAAUAAACUGUUGGGGAGUCUGAGUGAGAGUGCCCAGAUAGAUGAUGAUCUUUGUGAGAGGAUCCAUGAAGUCAUGCUCAUUAGAGUAACAGACAAAUACCCAAAUGUCAGAAUCCAGGCGGCACUGGCAAUGGCCAGGCUGCAGGACCCCAGCAAUGAACACUGCCCCACUAUCAAAGCAUACAUCUUGCUUCUGGACAAUGACUCCAACCCUGAGGUUCGCCGCGCUGUUCUGUCUUGCAUUGCUCCUUCAGCCUUUACACUCCCUAAAAUCUACAAACGCACUCGGGAUGUCAAAGAGAAAGUCAGGAAACUGGCCUAUCAGGUGCUUGCUGAAAAAGUUCAUAUUCGAGCUUUGACUAUUGCACAAAGAGUCAGUCUACUGCACCAAGGCCUCAAUGACUCAGCAGAUUCGGUGAAGGAUGUUGUAAAGACUGAUUUACUGCCUGCAUGGUUGCAGUUACUGCAGGGAGAUGUUUUACAGUUGCUGCAUAGACUAGAUGUUGAAAAUUGUGCGGAGACUGCAGUUUCUGCCCUGCAUGCUCUUUUCUCCAUGAUGACGACCUUUGACGAACUCCUGCAGAAUGGCCCCCAGCUGGAUGAGCGGAAGCUGAUUCCUGUGGACUCUCUGUCGUGUGAGAAUGUGUUGUACUGGAGGGCCCUGUGUGAAUUUAUCAAGAGCAAAGGUGCUGAGGGGGAGGAGCUACUUGAGCGUCUUCUGCCUGAACCUGCUAUAUUUGCUGAAUACCUGUACAGUUAUCUGAAGAGUGUUCCCUUGAUGUCUGAGGAAGAGAAGGCUGACAUGACUCAGCUGGAAUUGGUGAUGACAAAAGAGUUCAUUGGCCAGCAGCUGAUCCUGCUGGUGGGCUGUCUGGACACUUCAGAAGAAGGGGGCAGGAAGCGGGUGCUUGCCGUGCUGCAGGAGAUGCUGGUGCUGCCCAACACUCCACUCUCUCUGAUUGGACAGCUGGUGCAGAAGCUUGUGGGGAUGCUUCAAGAUGACCAGCAACGUAUUGCAGUGAUUGCCGAGAUCAUCUCUGAUGUGAGGGAGCCCAUCGUCUCCGUUGAUGACACCGUGGAUGAGAAUGAGAAACGCAAGAAGCAAGUCAGACUGGCCGAGGUGAAGGUGCGCAUCGUGGAGUCCAAGCAGGCGCUGGAGGAGUGUAUCAGCUGCCAGGAUUUUGGCCGCGCGGCCGAGCUGAAAGAUUCCAUCUCCCAGCUGGAGGAACUGCGUGCCAAGAUUUCUCUGGAGGCCUCCCAGGCAGACCACAUCAAAGAGCAACGGGUAGAGAAGUCUUGGCUUUCAGGUGUGGAGCUUGGCCACAGCACUGUGUCAUCUCUAGACUCUACCAAGAAUGAUCCAGAGACUUUGCUGAAGUGUCUGACGAUGUGUGCAGAGGUGAUCAAACGGAUGAAUAUCAACAGAGGAAUUUGCCCAACAAUGAAUGCUCUCAUAGAGUCUCUGAUUCUGCCGAGUGUGUCCAACGCCAACCCGACGGUGAGGAACAUGGCUGUGGUCUGUGUGGGCACUGCUGCUCUCCACAGCAGAGAUCUGGCCAACACACACCUGGUACUGCUUCUGCAGAUCACACAACUAGAUGAACCCAAGGUCAGGAUCAGUGCUCUUAGAGCUCUCAUUGACCAGCUGCUUCUUAAUGGCAUCAACAUCCUACAAGACAAGUCCACCCCUCAGCCAUCUCAGGCACCUGAUUUGCUAGACAGCAUUGAUGGACAGGCUACCCAGCCAAGUGAAGAGGACGAGGAGAGCCCUGUGCAGAGUGUGUUGAAGAUGCUUUCAGAGUUCUUGGAUAGUGAGAUUUCCGAGCUGCGCACGGAGACGGCUGAGGGUUUGGCCAAACUCAUGUACUGUGGGAGAAUCGUGAGUGCAAAACUGUUCUCGCGGCUGGUGCUGCUGUGGUACAACCCUGUAACGGAGGACGACCAGAGGCUGCGUCACUGCCUGGGAGUGUUCCUACAGCUUUACGCUCGAGAGAGCAGAGCCCAUCAAGAAUGUGUGGAGCAGAGUUUUCUGCUUUCCAUGAGAACUCUGUUCAACGCUCCAGUGACUUCUCCUCUCUCUGAGAUUGACACUUCCAACGUGGCUGAACUCUUUGUAGAGCUCACACGACCCAGUGCUCUCAUACAGCCUGCUGCCAUACAGGGCGCGAGCGUGCACGAAUCCUUGGCGGUGCGCUUGUGUAAUGAGAUCCUGCGGGAUGCGUCUGCUCCUGAGGUUCGUCUCUACUGCAAAACCCUUGGCUGUCUGGAGAUCAGCACUGAGCCAGGACCUGCCAAUAAUGAACUGCAACAACUGCUCACAGAGAUACUACAGGCGGUCAAGGAUAAGUACUGUAUAAGAGCUGUUGAGAAGGUCCUCAGUCAGCUGCAAGGAUGCCGCAGUGCACCCACAGAGGCUCAGGACACCGUUCUGGCAGCACUGGAUCAUAAUGCCAGUGAGGCUGUGAAAGAUGAGGAGGCCAAAUCCAAAAGGGCCAGAAAAGGCCAGAAAAAAGUGACCGUAGCCAAGGCUGCAAAGAAAAGCUGCAAGAUGAAGGAGUCUUCUGAUGAAAGUGAUGAGGAGAAUGUUCCAGAUGCACCUCCAGUGAUGCGGCCCAGUCGUUGUGCCAAGACUGCAGCACUGACUAAAACCAAGCAGGACUUGACUGCCCUCAUGAACAAAGAGGCCAGUCCUUAACCUGGGUUCACCUGUAGACUAGAACCCUAUACCAGCAAGGACUAAAGCCAAUCAAGGCCUCCUUAGUAAUACCUCCACCAAAUUGGCAAGCCAUCUAAAAGUAAACUGCAUGCCAAAAAAAUCGUCAUUUAUUGUGGCAUUUGUGCUUUUAACAGAAAAUUACUUGUUUUUAUGAGCAUUUAGGGAAUUAAGAAUUCACUCAGCUCAAAGGCAAGCCAAGAGGAAUUUUUAGAUCUUGCAGACCCAGUGCACUGGCACCAACUUUAAAAAAAUUAACAUUUGAAGGCUCAAGUUAGCACAAUUUUAAGCCUCAAGCAAAUUCAUGAAAACUGUUUUUUCACUUGGUGUCUUUCCUUUAUUCAUUUUCUCACAUUUGCUGUAUUUCUGCAAUGUUUUUACCACUGUACCUGUCCUUGAGAUGAUCCAGUCUUCCCAGCACUGUGGCAAAGGUCUGGCUUAAAGAUAAAGGCUGUUUCAAACACCAAACUGGUCUGAUGCUACCUUAGCCGCGUCAUUAAUGUAAUGAUGCUGUAAAUCAAAUGUCCUUGCUGUGCUGUUUGAAUGACUUGCUUUCAUCUUCACGGCUAUUUUUAGCAGCGGGUGUAUUGGCUUUGGCUCUUUAAUGGCAUAUCCAGGAAGACUACUUUUAUGCAGAUUUGUAAUGCUUAACCUGAAAUUUGUAAUAAAAUGUUAACUGCAUGGA